UGACAAGUGUUGACAAGUUUUGAAGAACAGGGGAAUUUAAAUUCAGCAACUCUUAUCCACUUAUUAAGGUUUUAAAGUAAAUUCAGUUCUUAUCAAAAUGGCACAUAGAAGAUCAACAAAGAUGUCCAAGAAGGAAUUCAAUGAUCAAUUUGAGGCAUUUUUGAAGGAGUCAAUGUCCUCUGAAGAGUCCAUGGAUUCUGCAAGAGUGGCCAAAUAUCUGAAUCCUCCGAAAAAGAAAGAGAAACCAUGGUGGAUGGAACAGGACGAUGACGAAGACGACGAAGAAAUUGGAAGAGGUCUCACAGCUAGUGGGAAAAGCUUUCUGAAGAAGAAAAAACCCGAGCCGGAGACCAGCACACCCAUCAGAGAGGACCAGACAACAUCCAUACGAGACAAGAAACCUGACUUAGACAGUUCUGAUGAUGGAAAAAAGAUCGCAAGUCCUGCAGAGAGACGAAGUAAAAACAAGAGAGAGAUGAAAGCAAAAGCAGUUAGAGGGAAAACAGACAACUCAAUGAGCAAGGAUUCCCUUGAAGACAUUUCCGAGAAGUCCGAGGAGGAAAGCACAAAAACAAACGAAAAGCGUGGCCUUGGUGGAACUCGGAGCAGUGCUGAACCCUCACAGAAUGGAAGAACAGGGAAACACACCAUGCCUGGUAUGGAGACAUUGGAUGAAAUGGCAGAAAAAGAGAAAUUCUUUCAGGACUUGGAGAAGAAUGCAUCAGGAGAGACUCUGGAUUACAGUAGAAUGAACCGAGACCUCAGCCAGAGUGCCACCACCAUGUCACCAGAGGGCGCUGCUAAAGCUGCUGCCACACUGGCUGCACUAGAGGACAUAGAACAAGAGGAGGAAGGAUCACUUAAUCCUCCUCAGAAGUCUGAACCAGUCACAGAUCAUGAUCCAUCUGUUCAGAAACCCAGUAUGUUAUCAAAAGUUUCUCUAAUGGAUUCUAUGGAUUCAACAAUGAACACGACAGGUUCUCCAAAAGUCGGAGGCACGCUCCAGGAUCCAAGGAAAUCUGAGGGGCUGGAUGACGUAGACGGACAGAUUCAUGUCCAGCAAUCUACACCGGGGUCAUUUAAAACUGGAACAGGAGAAUUCAAUGCCCGAAUGUCAGGUUUCAUGGGAACCAACACCAGUAAUGAGAUAGAGGCUCUACACAAAGCUUUAAGGGAGGUGGGGCUCUCUCCUACCAUAAAGAAUGACAGUCAACCCCUGGACUCUUCACUGGCCAACAACUCUGAACUGUUACAGAAAAUUUUAUCUGCUGAGCCUGAGAAAGGUAAACAGAGAACAGUGGAGGAAGUCCUCCAGGAAAUGGACAACAUUGAGAAGCGUAACAGAGGUAAACAAGAUGAGGAGGACAUUCAGUUGUUGUCUGACAAGAAAAAAGUGCCAGCUGACAGUGAGAGGAGGAUGGAGGAGGUCCGGGGGUUUGGCCUGUCCCCCAUACAUCAGGACCACUCCUCACCCCGAGGGUUUGAUCAGUCCCACACCGAGGAUACAGAGAUGUACCAGCCCGUCACACAGAUAUCAAUCUCAGAGAGAGGGAGAUCAAAAAAGAAGGAUUCUAAAGAGAAGAAAAAGUCAAAGAAAUCAUCUCCUACAUCCCCAGGUCACAGUCUGUCUCCAAGGUCAUCACCAAGGAGAUGGAUGUCACCAAGGUCAAACACUGCCAAGCUGGAUGAGAGGUCAAGGUCAUUAUCUCCGACCAAGCCAGGUUCAACUUUGAAGAACAAAUACAGCCAUAUAAAAAGUUCUGGUUAUGGUCAGCAAUCCCCAGGAAGAACCCCUAGUAGAGAGAGAUCAUCCAGUGCCAAGGAGAGGGGAACCCUGAGAGCAGAGGACCACAGAGGGGCUCAACAGGGGGGGAAAGAUGGGGCUCAAGAGAGGAUAACUAAGAAGGAGAGGAAACCUGGGGUAGGGGGGAGAAAGAAGGGACAAACCUGGUCCCCAGCAGACAUCUCGAGACAGAAGAUCAUAGGUUCUGAAUCUCCAAAACAAAGUCAGGGACAUAAAACAGGUCUGGAUUCUCAGCUCAGGGUCUCAAUCGAGUCAUUCGCUGCUUAUGUAGCGGACCACUUCACUCCAACUAAAAAAAUGCCCAAGGCCAAAUACUCAGAAGAUGAACCAUCUUUGGCAGCCAGCUGGAAGGGAGAUAAAUCUGUGGAGGGUUUACCUAAUGACUUGGAAGAACUCCAAAUCCUGGUGCUGUCAGAAAGAACUGCUAAUCAAAAACUCAAAGAAGACCUUGAGAAUUCAGUGAAACAUCAUGAGAGAGAGAUUGAGAAACAGAAACUGAAAUAUGAAGAGGAAAUCCACAGACUCAAACAAGAGAACUACGUCCUGUCUGCCAAGAUACCAGGGGACAAAGAUGAGUUAAAGAAACAGGUGAUGAAUGGUGGAGCUGGUGAAAUCAGCACAGAACAACUGGAACGUCUGAAGAAGGACUUACAAGAACAGGAGAAUCUGAUAGCGGGGUACCAGCAGGAAAACCAGCGAUUGUAUGACCAGGUCAAGGUCUUACAAAAACAGGCCAAGGUCACAGAAGAGAGGAUGUUUGAUGAAAACCAGAGACUGCAAACUGAACUUGCAAAUCUAAGGGAAAAGACUGGUGAAGUUGGAGAUGUUUCUCUGACAAAAACCAGAGCCAUAAAGCCAGACAAAGCAGCCCCUGAUAUAAACACAGCCCUGGGGGUGGGGCAGAUAGCAGAGUUAGAGGCAGAAUUAAGGGAGUACAAGAGAAGAGAAGCAGCCAUGAAACGUGAACUUGAGAUCUCACAGAGAACAAAAACAGAGUUAGACAAACAGAUGGAUAAACUGAUCAAGGAAAGAGAACUCUUACAAGAAAAAUUAGAAAAGGCUUCAUAUCCAGAGGAUGUCAGAAGGUUAGAAGACAGAUAUAAAGAGGAGAUAGACAGACUUAACAGGAAGUUAAAGUGGUAUGCUGAAAACCAGAAAAUGUUGGACCAGGACACCAAGAAACUUAAAGCUAAAGAAGAGGAAAUUAUCAAACUAAAGUCCAGGAUACAGGAACUUCAGUCUGAGACUGGUAAAAGAUUGGAAGAAAAUAAAAUGAGAAGUACCGAGAGAGCCAAGGAUGCCAAAAAAAUCCAGGAUCUUCAAAGACAGGUCAAGGAGAUGGAACAGAUAAUGAAGAGACGACAUCCUAACUCUCUGCCCUCCUUAAUGAUGACAGCUGCAGUGAUCCCAGAAGAUCAGAAAGAGUCCCCCAUAGUAACAGUGCUGGAGGGGCGUGUCCGGAAACUAGAACAGGAACUGGAGAGUAGAGAUAAAGAGGAGGAGAAGAUGUUGAGGGCGGUGGAGCAAAAGUACAACAAUAUUAAGCUGAAGUAUGAGGAUAGAAUCCAUGACCUGGAGACUCAGCUGGCAGCUUACAAGAGGACGGACGAUCAGAACCUUAAGUCCUAUGAACAUCCUCACACUCAUGCUGUAGCCCUCCAGCAGGAACUAGAUGCUACCAGGGACAGGUAUAAAAAGCAGGUUGCAGAUCUAGAGGAGCAGGUAUCUCAACUUAACUCACAGCUACAGAAGGCACAGAAAGGCCAGGGAGUUCCAAAAAGUGAGAUUCAGGCUUCAAAGGAGAAGGAGAUAGAACUGAGCAGCAAACUUCAGCUUCUACAAUUAGAACUGAACAGCAAGAACCAUGAUCUUCAGGUUCUACACAAGUCUCUAGAGAGACUCCGAAAGGAAAAACAAAAUACACUAGUCAAUGGUCUAUCUAUAGAUAAAAAAGGCAAGAGAGACAAGGAAGAUAUGAACACAGACAUAGAAAAACCACAUCCUCAAAAGCUUGAAAGUGAACCCUGUAGCCAUAGUGCUGAGAUCUGCAGACUAGCCGAUGAAAAUGAAGCUCUUAGAGCUAAGAUGGAUGAAUUACAGCUUGAAGCAGAACAUAGUAGACUCAAAGUGCACAAAGUUCAAGCUGAACAUGAAGCCUAUAUUCGCAAGAGUCGAGAAAAUUAUGAAGAAAAGAUCGAGGCUCUAUGUCAGUCCCACCAGAAGGAGCUACAACAGAUGCUGGCAGAACAAGCAUUAGAACUGUCUGCUUCUAAAACAGCUCAGCUCCACAGUAAAGUCAAUGCUCAGGAGGUGAUGAUCCAGCAUCUGAGGGAACAGUUAUCUGCAGCUCAGGUAGAACUAGAACAGUUGUCUGUACUUAAGAUUAAGGAGGCCAGUCACAUGACACGUAUAGAGAAGUUACAGGAGGAACUCAGGGAUGCCAAAAAGUACCACUCUCCUGGGAUGAAACAUUUUGAACAAAUAGAAGACAAGAUCCUCAGUAUAGAGAAGAAGCAUGAGAACCGUGAGAGAGAACUACAGGAUGUUAUACAGAAAUCUAAGGACUCCCACACUAAAGAACUAGAACAGCAGGCGGCAAAAUGGAAACAAGUCGUGGAGGUGAAGAACCAAGAGAUCCAGAGAUUCCGAGUGGAGCUGGACGCCAUAUUGGAUGUGUUAAGACUGUUACAAAAACAGGGUGUGGUUUUACCAGUCAGGACUAGUAACACUUAUUCCUAGCAGGUCUUAUCAGUAAUAGGAUUUUAGAAUCUGUUAUAACUAUAUGGAUACUUACUAUUGAAUGUAGUUUUGAUGGUGCAUUAUAUUUCAUUCCUUUUAUGAAGAAGAGGCUUAGCAAGAAUAUUCCUGCAGACAGGUUCCUGUGUAUUUUAGCAGUUUUGAGGAAGGACACUGAGAUUUUUGUUGUACAUGUUUUUUGAUAUGGGAGCAUCGCCAGAAUAUCUCUUUGAAUUGAAAAUGAGACAGUCCAAAUUGUCACAUUAAAGAACAUUUUUUCUAAAGGAUAAAAAAAAUAAAAGAAAGGUUAUUUUACACUGAAUGAUCAAAUAUAUGAUUGAUCAAACAUUACUUAUUUGCCAAAGACAAGCAUACGUUUUUUGCUGUUAUUUUUACUAUAUUUUACGAUUAUCACAUAAUUACAUCAAAGUGGACUUGGAUAAUACAGACACCUAUACAAUCGUAAUGUACCAUGUCAUACAGACAGGUAAGUUGUGGUUCCGUCCAUAUUAUGUCACUGAUGGCAUAUUCC